UUUUUUUCUAAAAAUAACCUUUUAUAAAAAAAAAACCACUCCCUUCCCCAAUCACUUCAUUUGACAUUACCAUUUCUUUCCUGAACGCGGAACCGGACGCGUUGCUCAGAAUAAGCUCACGAAGAAACCAAGCAAGGAAAAAGAAAAGGCCUCACAUCAAAAACGAGCACAGGACACGGACAGAAUCAUUACAGCAAUGAGAUCCACCGUUGAUGACAUGGCUUCUACCAUUGCCAUAACUACGACUACACCGCAUGUACAUCACCAACAUCACCCAUCUAAUGCCUCUGAUAUAUCCUUGAUGACACCCAGCAGAACUUCAAUGUCAUCCGACAGAGACUCGUUCAGUUUACGACCUACAUUCAUGCAAAAAUUCCGUCCACCUGUUGCCACUAAAUUCAUGCAACAGAUUAUUCAGACACACCUUCAAAACAAAGUCUACCGUGCUGAUGAAGGCCAGCAAUUGUCCAAAACGAUUGCAGAGGAAAUCAAACAGAAACUCAUUGAACUCGACCUCGGUAGAUACAAGUAUGUGGUGAAUGUGGUCCUUGGUGAAAAUCUCGGUGGUGGCGCACGGAUGGAUGCUCGAUGUCAUUGGGAUCAGGAAUCGGAUGGGUCUGCUCAGGCAUUCUUUACUAAUGACUCGUUGUGGUGCGCAGCAGUGGCGUUCGCAGUCUUUUACUAUUAAAGCAUGUCGAUAUAGAACAGAAAUUGUCUUGUCCAGUGUUCACCUCUGAUUUUUGGUGGCGUAAAGAAUCAAAAAAAUGAAUUCGCAGGACGUGACAGAUAUUCUAUGAAGAGUUGAAAGAUAAGCAAGGAAGAGUAUAGUACAAUUUGGG